AUGUAUCGAAACCAGUCUCGCGGCGGCAGAGGAAUCCAUGACCGGCGGGGCGUUGCUCUGGGUGCGAGACCUCGUUACCAACGCGAAGACGAAGCACGAAAGGCAUCCUCUCCGACUUUGGCUGCACUUCUCGAGACUUUGACUAAGAAGUCGUUGUUCGCAGCUAUAACAUCUGAAACAGAGCCUCCGAGAAUCACGGGUUGUGAAUAUCUGGCCUCGUUCAACUGGUUAGACACCCCAGACCCAACCAUCGUCGUGCCAGGUCAGUAGUGUUUCAUGCAAUAAAUUCUCGACGUACUGAAUGCUAAUGCCAGAAAAGGCUUGCCGGCGAAGUGGCAACCUUUACCAGAGCCAAGAAAGCUCCAAGAAGACGCUGGAGAAUAUUUCCGGGACGUCAAUUCCGCACAUUACGCAAAGCAUCCAGUUGAGCCAGCCAUGAGAGCAUUGCUGGCACAGAGUCCAAGCAUCGUCAAUGAGAACAUCGAUAUCUUCGCGUGUGGGAGCACAAUCGGCAACCUUUUGAGAUUUGUUCGCAAUAUCGAUAAGCCCUUCAGAUUCGUGGUAGAACUCAUUGGAGAUACGGUAUUCUUUUUGCGGCGGGAGAACAGCCCCACAGAGAAGAUGCAGGGCGUGAGGGGAUAUGGCCACACAUUUCCGGCAAGCUACACUUCAUGGGACGAGAGCGUCAAAGCCUCAGAUUCGCACCAGCGCAUGAUACGCUACGAAUUUGCGGGAAUCCACGUCGUUGUGCGUUAUGAAGGCGAUGGAUACCUGCCCAAUCGAGUGGAUCGAGUUAUCGAUGGAAAAGGUCUGCGUUUCUCUCCGUCGCCGGAUCUCGUCGUCAAAGAAGCGGGCGGAGUAAUCCCUCAGAAGGCAAUGUUUGAUUUGAAGACGCGGUGGAUUGGAAAACGAGAGGACGUCCUGGCAGGCGAGAUGGACAGACUCUGGGCACGACAGAUUCCCAACUUUGUUCUCGCCUACCAUGCGGGAGGUGUCUUUACCGACAUCAGAGUGCAGAGCAUAGAGCAAGACUUGCAAGCCUGGGAACAAGAACACGAGCCCGAGCUUCGGGAGCUCGCAAGCGUUCUGGCCAUGAUUAUCGAACAUGCAAAAGCCGCCCCAGAGAAAAGAUUCGAGGUCUGUUAUCGAAGUGUUGGCACUCUUGAGUUUCGGGAGGUGGAAGGAAAUUUUGCCACAGCGUUGCCAGACGACUUGCAUGAUAUUUGGGCCAGUCGAGAGGAUGAUUCAAACAGCGAGGGAGUCGAUUCCGAGGACUAUGCUCACUCCGAUGCAGAAGGAGGAGUCGAUGUCGUUUCUGGUGAGGAGUCCGAAGAAGACUUUACCGCCUGUUCGGAAAGAUGUGGGUACUGUGGACGAUGCAGGACCUGAGGCUGCAUCGCGAUUCAUCCAUGGAUAAGAGACUUGCAAAGGAUUCCAUGUUCUUGAGGGAUGUAGAGGGUGAGGGACGAUGGAUCGAGUGACUGUAUCAAUAAUGUUGGAGCCAGGCGUCCGCGGCGUCAUCAGAAUUGAACGCCAUUAUGAACGUACGACAACAAAGGCAAGGUGGAAGGUAUGGUAUGUGGGCAGAAAAUAUGAAAGGAUAAGGUAGAGGCCAUGUAAGUAACUAACGACUCAACCUGUCCUUCCGAACUUAGUAAGCGUCCAGUUGUUGCAUGGGGUCAAUGUUGCCUCAGGUUGUAGCAAUUGCUUGGCGUCUGCAACGGCCGACUUUGCUAGUCAUAAAUUAAUUUUAUACAUACUACGUUAAUUGAUAAUUCGGUCGUGAUAGGAAAUUUUACUAGCUUAGUAGUAACGGAGCUCCGGAUGUGCCCUAAACGACAAACACUUAAGUACCGGAAUAUCGGCGUAUCGGGGUAUCUAGAUUUUAUAAAGUAAUACUUAGUAUACGAAUCUCCUAGUACUCUAUAUAGUAAAUUCUAUUACGCGGAUAUAUCCGUAGUAAUCUACGUAAAGGCGGAGCUUACUAUUCCUACCUAGCUAGUACUAGGCCGGAUCUAGAGAAUUACGAGCGCCUUUCUAAGAUAUACUUUUAGAAUAGGGAUAUCCGCGUUAGUAGGUCGCUAGUACGCUAUCUUUAAAGACAUCUCGGUCUAGAAGGACGGCUAUAUUAAGGGCCUUAAGAUACUAUAGUAGUAUUUACGCGGGCUACGUACGCGUACGUAGCCGGGUCGUAUACGUAGUCGGGUCGUAUACGUAGUCGGGUCGCGUACGUAAGGUAGCCGGGCUAGGUCCUCCUCGACGUCGCCGACGCUAAUAUUCUACGGGUAUACCCGCGUGAUAAUAAAUACCCUAAAGAGUACUAAGAUAUUCGCGUACUAAGCUAAAAUUUCGAUUCCCCGAUACGCUAAUAUUCCGUUGCUUAAGUGUUUGUCGUUUAAGGCACAUCCGGAGCUCCUUAGUAGUACAACUAGCUUACUAGUGCUUUACGUUGCUACUUCAGCUUCCACUAUAGCAUUACCAAUACCUGGGGGCGUCCAGAUCUUCAUUAAUCUCAGCCUAGCGCCUUCGAGCAACUUCUGCCACUGGUCUCGGCUGCGUUGAAUGCCGUUAUGCGAGAAUAGCAUCAGCAAAUCAAGGGCGCUCUCCUGCAAUGAAACAUUCGUGUCUGGCAUGACAACCCCCGACACGAUAAGCUUGCUGUAUCCAGGCGUCAUGGCAUCCUUCAAGUUCUCUAGAAUCUUGGGGCAGAGGUCGUCAUUCCAGUUGUGCAGGAUAUUCCCCAAGCCAUAAGCACGGGCGCCUUUGACUGGCUGAGCCUGGAAGAAAUCAUGUCCCAACCUCUCAAUCCGAGGUGAUAGUACAACUCCGGGGGUGUUGUCAAUGUCUGCGAUGACCUGCGGCACGUCCAGUAACAAGAAUUUGCCUUGCGCGUUGGGGUACUUGUCCAGCACUUCUUGGAGAUGGUGGCCUUUACCUCCUCCGACAUCGACAUAUUCAUACUGAGAACCACUCUUGCUGGAGUCGAAACCAUUCAGAAAAGCCUGGUCAUACGGAAACCAAGAUAGCGGCAUCACGGCUUCGCGCGAGCCAAAAUAGCCUUGCAUGAAGGUGUUGAAGUUUUCCAUUACACCCGCCUCUCUCGACCAGUAUGUGUAACAAUCGUCUUCAGUGCUGUACACAUACUGGACCAGUCCUUCAGACUGGGUCUUGGGCGUCUGGAAACCGUUUCUGCGGAAGAACGUUGGAGCAUGUCUAAUCACGUCCAAUUGCUGGUCGAAGCUGCAAUGCAAAUUAGAGUCGCACCGCUGAUGCUGCUGCGCACGCACUUACUGGUACUUCAAUCCGGCCCUGGCACAUGGCACAAUGGCCUGACGACCGACUGCUGUGAUUGCGAAUCCUCUGCGGCCGUCAGCCGUGCUCGCAUCGGCCAGAAAGCCGGUUCCAACGAGCGACCUCGCGAUGCGAAGGACAAGCUGCGGGUCGGCUGUGCUUGACGCUAACAGUGCUGUUACUGGGAGUGGCCUCCCGGCCUCAGCAAGCUUCUCGAAGAUGCCCAUCUCCAGAGCAAUUCGCACACUCGUGUCAUGAUAGCUUGCAGUAGCCAUAUCUGCAACCAUCUCGUCUGGAAGCUUCAGGGCCGCUACCAGAUCCUGGGCCGCUUUGAGCAGCUUACGUCGAGCUUCGAUAUCUUCUGUGAUACCAGCAUUGCUAGUAGUAGCCGCACUUUGGACGCCUUCGACCAGGGAAGUAAUGUCUGUCAUCUUUCGCUCUAAGCGGUGUGAAUUUCAGACUGUAGAAAAUAAGAAGUGGACCAAUCUAGAUACCGUAUAGAGUCCGUCGAUAUAUGGAUUAUACUAUACUAUAGUACUAAAAAGCGAGAUAAUAGAAGGAGUGUCUCUAAUAAACUAUUAAAGUACUUUAAGAGAAAUAGCUAUGUUUUCACGUUAGACUAGAGUUUAAACUUUAAAGGUACGAGUUUCGUCGAACUUCAAUUCGUAUUAGGGCUUUUUUCAGCUUCAGUCGGAACUUCCACUAAGCCGCGCUUUUACAUGACCAUGUCUCCAGGAAACAGUCACGCGGAGAAGUAAACACGAAAUCUGGCAAAAUCUGGUUCCACUCAUCGGAGACCGAAAAGGAUCCCGCCGCGAUGCCCUGCAAAAGUCCUCGCACGAAAUAACACGCCAUUUGGUCGGCCUCUUUGCUUGAAAAGUCCCGGCCGUCAGCACGUGGAAACCAUGAAGUGGUGAUUUGACCAGCUUCUAGGUCGUCCAAGCUGACUUCUUCCACAGCAAGAGGUGAGCCUAUGCGAUGGGUCAGCCAAGAGCUUUCAUACUCGUGCUCCGCCGCCGACCUACCUCGCACCGCUUCAGCAAUUGCCAAAAUCUCGCGGAUGGACAUUUCGGCACCCCGGAUGCCACCAACUUCAGGCCAUUCUCCUUCGUAGUCAAUAGCCUUGACAACGACCUUCGCGAGAUCCGUGGCUGUAGUGAAGGUGAGGUGGUCAUCCAGCCCAUCUUUGCGGACCAGGACUCUUCUGUGCUCUAGAUCAAAGGGGUUUGGGAAGGCACGGAAGUGCUUGGCCGAGUGGUUUGGGAAAACCAAGUAGUCGGUGAAGAGCCCUGGUUGGAACAGACAGUAUUCGAGGACCUGGACAGGUGCGGAAGGCGUCAGAAUCCGAGUUCAUAGUCAAGAAAGUGCGUGGGCUAUACAGACCUUGUGCUGAGAAUUGACUUGACGCAGGCACUGGCGGAUCUCUGCUUUCCCGGCGUAGAAUGGCAGAUGUUCUAGAGUAGAUCUAUGGUAGUAUUAGAUGUCGUGCAGAUUUCGUAGGACGAGAUGGACAUACGAGACCCAUUCACUAGGCGCAAAUCGUUUUACUUUGGAUCGCACUGCGGCAUCAAUGAGAUUCUUCUGAGCCUGAUUGUUGUUGUCCGUCAUGCUAGUAAUAAAGCAAAGCACAACAUCAACUCCGUUGAGAGCCGCAUCGAGCUGUUCAUGGUCGCUGUAAUCGACGACGAAGUUGAGCGUGGUCUCGUAGACGGGUUCCUCAGGGAUAGCCUGGCGCACGAUGUAAGAGAGGUAGAACACCUGUGUUAGGGGCAGAUCGACACGGCAUUUCGGACGAUGCAGCAGGGAAAGCAUCGGGGCAAGAUUGUUCUUUCGUUCCAGGAGGAAUCGACAGCACCAGUCUACUGUCGCGCCCGAGACGGAUUCGAGCUGGAUCCCCGCGGAACAUACCUCUUCGUUGGCGGGCUGGGUGGUCUCGGCCGCAGUCUUGCCAAAGAGUUUGUGGCAUGCGGUGCUCGCAACAUUGCUUUCAUCUCCCGCUCGGGCGACAGUGCUCCCCAGGCCAGGGCGAUUCUGGACGAACUCGAUGCCCUGGGAGCGCAAGCAAAAGCGUACCGCGCCGACGUGUCGGACCAGAAGUCCUUUGCGGCCGCAAUGGACCGAUGCCAGACGGAGCUGCCUCCAGUUCGCGGCGUGAUACAGAUGGCCAUGGUCCUCCGCGACGUCGUCUUCGAAAAGAUGUCCUACGCCGAGUGGGUGGUUCCAUUGCAGCCCAAAGUGGCAGGAACUUGGAAUCUCCAUGAAUACUUCAACGACGAGCGGCCGUUGGACUUUAUGGUCAUCUGCUCUUCGAGUUCGGGCAUUUACGGGUAUCCGAGCCAGGCUCAAUAUGCUGCGGGCAACACCUACCAGGAUGCGGUCGCUCGCUAUCGUCGCUCGCGUGGUCUCAAGGCCAUCUCGGUCAAUCUCGGCAUCAUGCGCGACGUCGGGGUGUUGGCCGAGCAAGGAACCACAGGCAACAUCGAGCUCUGGGAAAACGUGCUCGGCAUCCGCGAACCAGCCUUCCACGCGCUCAUCAAGAGCUUGAUCACACAACAGCUGCAAGAAGGAGCUGACUAUCCAUUCCAAGUGUGUACGGGUCUUGGAACCGUGGACCUCAUGACCACUCAUCAAUUGUCGCCACCCGAGUACUUUCACGAUCCGCGGUUCGCCCCUCUGGCUGUCAAGAGUGUCAACACGAGCUUGAGUAGUGACGCUUCCCCAUCCACAGGCUCCUUUGCGUCGCGGUUGGCACAAGCCAUAUCCCGGGAUGAAGCCGUUGGAAUCGCGACAAACGCAUUGGUGCAGAAGACAGCUGAAAUUUUGCAAGUCCCAUCGUCUGAGAUUGACCCGUCCCGUCCUUUGUAUCGGUACGGCGUCGAUUCUCUCGUUGCCCUAGAGGUGCGGAACUGGAUUACCCGCGAUCUGAAAGCGAAUAUGGCUCUCUUAGAGAUACUAGCAGCAGUGCCGAUCGAGGACUUCGCGGCGAGGAUCGUGGAGAAAAGUAAACUUCUCUCGCUAUAAAAUCUGUCUAGACAAGAUGUUAUGUUAUGUUAUGUUAUGUUGUUCAAUCCAGCUAUACACAAAUCUAAUGUCCGCAUAAACUGUCCCUAAGCGUUAAACUCAUAUCUAUACUCUCGUUUACUACCUUAAGUUAAACUGUCCUCUUAAUCUAUUUUAAUACGAAGUAUAAUCGGGAUAGCUACUCUAUAAGAGUACUAUUAACUAAGCGAAACCUAGACCUAAGUAGUAAAUCUACCGGUACUCUUUAAAAAGGUAAUCGUAGCUUAUAUACUAGUAAUACCUAUAACUAGCUACUAUUUGUCUCUAUUAAUAGUAAUUGUUAUAAAAUAGUAGCUUAGGAGGAAAGUAGGAGUAGGCCUAGUAGUAAGCUAAGUGGUCACGUGACUAGGUCACGUGACACGCCAAGCUUAGUGAUAGUAGCUAGAAGGGGGAGAGCGGGCUUCUCUCUCUCUCACCUACUACCUUUAUACUAGACUAUCUUAGAUACCUCUAUAUAAAUUAGGUCCUUCUUCUUCGAUUAUUAAGUCCUUACUUCCGCUACAAACUACGUUACAUAUCCUAUUCUUAAUAGGUUAUAAGCCCGGGUUUGUAAGACAGGUCUUAAAUUAAGUAAGAAGUACAAGUUAUUCCUUACCUUAUAAGACCUUACGGGAGGCAGAAAAGGAAGGCCGACUAGAGGCUCGCUACCGUAGUGCACCUAGAAGACAUAGCUCUUACUAUAAGUGUAUAUAAGUCGUGAAAGUAGCCUAGUAAGAGAGUAACCGGUCUACUCUUAAUACCCUAUAACGGUCUUAGGAAGAGUCUAUCUAGACUACUACAAAUUCGAACCCCUCUAUAUGUCUAGGAGGCAUACACCUAUAAGAAUCCGCCCCUCCCGCCGACAUCCGGCACUUCUUUAUAUAUUAUCUAACACAUACUUUUUCACUAACAACUGUUUUACUAUAAAGCUAUAGUAUCUACUUAUUAAAGAAAAGCAUAGAGUUAGAUUCUAGGUCUUUUAGAAAGAGGAGGGCAGUACCUCUAUUAUUAAAAGAAAAUUAGAGAACAUAGUUUAGUCUUUAGGAGGACAACCUUAAAGGGAAGAAUAUGUUUUAGGUUAUUUUAAUUAGUUUAGCUUUAAUAGAGACCCUAGUAUUAACACUAGAGGAAAUCCCUUUACCUAGUUUAAGAUAUUUAGUUCACUUACUAGAGUAGUCUCAGGCUAAUACAAAAGCAAGAUAUAAACUAGUUAUCUACCUAUUAGAAGAUAACUAGGAUAAGGUAAUUAAUAAGAAGAGGGCUAAAGCUGUCUAGGACAAAAUAAAGGCCAAAUACUAUAAAGUAUACAUUAUAUAUGCGAUGUCCCUAGUUAAGGAGUAUAUUAUAUUUAGGAUAUUAGAAGAAUAGAUAAUUAGAAAGGCCUAGGUACACCUUAGCAAUCUUAGGAGAAGGAUUACUAAAGUAGAUAAGAGGGAGUCCUACUAUAAGAGUACAGAAAGGAGGAUAAAACAUCUUCUUACUAGUCUGCUACCUAUAUACUAGAGUAUAGUAGACACUAUUUAUGCCUAGACUAGGAUAACACCUAAAGAGGCGCUUUACCUCUUAGAGUUAUAUAAGGCUAGGCUCUAAAGACAAGAAACUACAAUAUUUGCUAGGCAAAAGGGAGGACUUACUUACUAUCUCUAUAAGAAGUAGCACUUAAUUAAAGACUGUCCCUACCUCUAGUAGGCAAAGCAGUCUCUUAAAGGAAAAGAGAGGGGUAGGUCCCCUCUAAGGAAGAACAGAUUACUAUUAAGGAUAAGCCUAUCUAAUCUCUAAAAGGAGAUAAGAUCGUUAAAAUCCUUAGUAGAGAAGUCUCUAACCUAGAAGAAGUCUAGUUAGAGAGCUAAGAAACCUUAGAGAGCUUAUGCCUCCUAAGAGACUAAGGACUCUAUAGCUAAGUCAGAAUCCCUAUCUAAUAAUAAGGAAACUAAUAAGGUUGCCUACUCUAUAGUAGAAGUAAAGGGCAAGUACCUAUCUAAAUAGUUGCUUAACUCCUAUGUAUUAUCCUAUAUAACUGACUAACCUUCUCUCUUUAGAACUAUAAAGCCUCUUUAGAGGCCUAGAUAGAUUAAGGUUAGUAGUGGCUUUAUAAAAGCUACCUAUAUAGGAGAAGUAGAGAUAGGAGGGGACCUUAGGAAACAAAUUGUUCUAAGAGAUGUUCUUCUUAUUCCUAGUCUUAGUAUUAGUCUUGUUUCAUAGAACUAGUUCAGCUAAUAGUUUGCUGUCUAACUACCUAGUUUCACCCUUAGAUCUAUGUCUAGUAAACUAGUUGUCUAGACCAAAAUUUAUAGAGGUGUACCCUUUAUUUUAUCUCUGUUAGAUAACCUAUAGGCUAUAUUAGUAAUAGAUGUAAUAGAGGAACACACAUAUGCCUUGCUUUUAGCUAAGGAAUAGGCUUAGUAGGAGUUAUAGCAUAGGAGAUUUGCAUACCUUAGAAGUGGCAGCUUAAGAAGCUUGCAUAAGGUUACUAUAUUAAAUUCUCCUAUUCUAGUACUAAGUAAAAAGCACCUAUAUAAGGUGUGCUUACUUGCAAACAAACGAAAAUAUAAGGGUCCUAUUACUAAAAGGAAAGGUAAAAGACUAGCCCUUAUAUCUAUUAAUAUCUGUAGGCCUUUUAAUAGUACUGUCUUAAGGCUUAGUUUCAAGUACUAGCUAGAAGUAGUAGACAACUUCUCUAGGAAGAAGUGGAUCUCCCCCUAAAAGCUAGGACAGAUACUCUAACAGUACUAGAGGAAUAGAAAAAGAAAGUAGAGAGGCAAUUAGGCUGCUUUCUAAAUUUAAUUAGGAGUAAUAGUAUAAGGGAACUCCUUACUAUUUUUAAGUAGUAGGAGAAGAAUUUUGGCAUUUAGGUUAAUAUAACUAAUGCCUAUAACUCUCUCCAAAAUAGUAUAGUAGAAAGGUUAAUCUAGACCUCUAAGUAGACAGUGCGUACAAUACUCUAGGAUUUAGGCAUGCCUAUAGAGUUCUAGCUAGAAGUACUGCUUACUUAGGUAGAGAUAAGGAACAAGCUCCUAAAUAGUCCUCUAAUUAAUAGAAUUCAAGUGUCACCUAAUAAAGCAUUUAUAGGUAAGAUCCUAUUAGUUAACUAUUUUAGAGUUUAGGGAUGCAAAGUAGUAGUCUAUAUAGAUCUAAGGUCCUAGCCUUAAGGUCUAAGAAGAGACAAAUUAAUAAACAGGGGGAAAGAGGUUGUCUUUAUAGGUUAUAUAGAUAGAACUAUAAAGUAAUAGUUGUUUUGGGAGCCUAAUAUAAAGGCUAUUAAAGCUUACUCCUAGGUAGAUUUCUUUAAAGAAGAAAAGGGAGAGGAUAUAGAUUUAGGCAUUUUAACUUUAAACUAAUCUAGUAAAGCCCCCUAGAGGAAUCCAGUUAGGAGACUAAAACAACUAGUACCUCCUACCUUGUUAUUAGGGCUAAUAGAUUAGCUACCACCUAGAAAAUUGUUUAUGCAGCUCCCUCUACCCCUAUUAGAUAGUAGGGAGUACUAGAAGAUAGAUCUAGAGGGGACUUAAGAAAAUUUGGAGAAGGAACCUAAGGCUAUACCUUAGGAGUUAUCUAAAAUUCCACCUUAGGGAGAAUCUAUAGGAUUAGCUAACCUAGAUACUAGCUAUUAGGGACCUACCCUAAGGAGCUAAGCUUAGAAAAGGAGAAGGGAUCUAGAUAAUAAAGGAGACUAGAGUAUAAAGUACUAUAGGUCAUUUAUCUCUAUAAUGUUCUAUCUAGAUCUAAGUAUAAGCUAGGCUAAGGAAUUUUUAAAUAAUAUAGAGGAGCAUGUAUUUGCUAUAGUGGGCCUAACUAUUGCUAUAUAGUAGUAAGUGCCAAUCCCAAAAAUAUAUAGGGAAGCUAUAUCUAACCCUACCUAGGGUUAUAUAUAGAGAGAAGCAAUCUAAAAGGAGCUUUAGGCUUUAGAGAUAAACAACACUUAGGAGCCAGCUAUGCUACUAUAGGGUGCCAACCUAGUCACUUCUAAGUAGGUCUUUAAUAUAAAAAGAAUAAUUAGUAGAGCUAUUAAAAAGUUUAAAGCAAGACUAGUUAUAAGAGGGUUUUUAUAGAAGUUUAGUAUUGACUUUAUAGACACCUUUACACCUACAGUUAGGCAUAAUAUACUAAGAGUGUUUAUAGUAGCUAUAUAUAAGAAGGAUCUAGAACUACACUAGAUUAAUAUAAACAAUGCAUUUACUAAAAGCACCCUCUUAGAAGACAUCUAUAUAAUCCUACCCCUAGGUGUUAAGAUUCCUCUAAAUAUAGUCCUAAAGAUUCUAAGGAGCCUAUAUAGACUAAAGUAGGCAGCUAGAGAUUGGAACAAACUCUAUAUUGCUAAGCUAGAGCAGAUUAGGUUCAUAUAGUUAGAAGUAGACCUAUGCCUUCUUAUCUAUAGGGGGAGGAACAUAAUAGUCCUUACCUAUAUAGAUAACAUCCCUAUUAUAGCUCUAAAGCUAUUAGAUAUUCUCUAGUUUAAGGGAGAGUUUAGAAAGGUCUUUAGAAUCAAAGACCUUAGGGAACCUAAAAAGAUCCUUAGUAUAAAAAUUAUAAGGGACAGAGUAUAGAGUACUCUAAAACUUAACUAAGGACAUUUUAUCUAAACAAACCUUACUAAGAUAAGCAUAACUAAAGAUAAGGCCUAUAUUAUAUACUUACCUCUAGACAGCUAUAAGAGCCUAAAACCUUUAGGCCUCUAGGAUAAGAGGUGUAACAAAUAGGAGUACUAGAGUUACACUAGUACCUAGAUAUAGCUAAUAAUAAUAAUAAGGCUAGACAUUGCUUUCCUACUUAGGAGACUAAGCUUAUAUAUUAUAGACCUAUUAAAGCAAUAUAUAAAGGCACUAAAGAAGCUUGUAAGGUACCUAAGAUUAUACCUAGAUCUUGGCCUUUACUAUAGGAGAGGAGGAGGUUGCCUUUAAGGCUACUCUAACUUAGACUAUAUAAUAGACAAGGUAGACAGAGUGUCUGUCCUUAGGUAUAUCUAGUUCCUUUAUAGCUUACUAGUCUCCUAGAUAAGUAGAAAGCAAAAGUCUGUUAUAAUAUUAACUAUAGAAGCUAAGUAUAUAGCAAUAAACUCGUAUAUAAAGUAGUUAUAGUUCCUAGCUACAUUGCUUCGUAAGAUAAGCUGUCCUAAGCUUGUUAGAGAGUGCCUAUUUUAGCUAAAGAUUAAGGCUAAUAAUAACACUACCUAAUUACUUAGACCUGUCCUUAUUAAAGGGGACAAUUAGUUAGCUCUAACCCUUAUUAAAGAUGCUUACAUCUAUAAGAGAUCAAAACAUAUUAAUAUUAUAUACAACUUUGUUAGAAAUCUUUAGUAGUAGAGGAAGGUUAUAGUAGAGUAUUGCCUAACAAAAGAGAUAGUAGCUAAUAGACUAACUAAACCCCUAAAUAGUCUAUAGUUCCAGAAUUUUGUAAAGCAACUCUAGCUAGCCUAGUAAAAGGAAUAGCUAAACUAGGAAUUGAACCUAGGUCUUUAGAACCCUAUCGUACACUCCAAUUAUUAGACAGAGCCUAAGAGCGCGGGGACGCUUCGUAACCCCUAAACUAUUUAGCUAGAACUAAGAAGUGUACUAAUUAGGUAAUAGAAGACCUAGAGUUUGUUCUUAUAUUGCUUUAGUUAAAGGGUUUCAAUUCUUUCCUCCGGACCUAAGUAGGAGUGUUAUGAAAUAGUAGCUUAGGAGGAAAGUAGGAGUAGGCCUAGUAGUAAGCUGAGUGGUCACGUGACUAGGUCACGUGACACGCUAAGCUUAGUAAUAGCAGCUAGAAGGGGGAGAGCGGGCUUCUCUCUCUCUUACCUACUACCUUUAUACUAGACUAUCUUAGAUACCUCUAUAUAAAUCAGGUCCUUCUUCUUCGAUUAUUAAGUCCUUACUUCCGCUACAAACUGCGUUACAUAUCCUAUUCUUAAUAGUAAUUACUUAUUCUAAUCUUAAGUCCUUUUUCUAGCUCUUCUCUCUAAGAAGGAAAGAUAUAUCGCUCUACUAAAGGUAGUAACUAUAACCUACCCUAACUAAAGGCUAGUAUUAAGGUAUAACUAACUACGUUGUUAGCGACGGUAGUAGGAAGCGUCUGCUGUUGCCUGAGGCAUUAAGGUGAAAUCUCUUAGUAAGUGAGCUACUCUCACCUCACCUCUUGCGUCAAUACAGCGUAUUCGAAGGAAUAUCGAUACCUGAGAAUGUUCGGCAUUCGCUCGGUCGAGCUUUUUCAAGACGAAUCCAGUCUUAGCUGUAUACUCUAUAUGUCUUGGCAAGUAUUCCGGGUCCGUUGCGUGGGACAGGAAUGAGUUUCCACCAAGGUCCAGGCCUACAUCCUCGUCAUUCGCACAUUGGCUUCACAGGGAGCAGGCUUGAUGAAAGGUUGAGGGAAAGAUAACAUGUUCUCGUUGGAAACACUAAGUCGGACCUUAUCUGCUCCCAAAGGAUCGAUCCAACCGAGGGAGUGAGAAGCACAGCAGCAUCAUCUCGAUCGACUUCUCUCAUCAUGGCGGAGCCCGAACUCAUCGACAUUGUUUCAAGCGGCGAUGUUGUAUUUAUCGGCGGGGGAAAGGAUGGGAGCACGUAGGCUUGUCGCUCCCGGAGCAGUGCAAUUGCUAACAAAUUGACAGCGUCCGCAUUCGAGUCUCUUCAGUCAUCAUCAGCAAUGCUUCCUCCGUAUUCAGAGCCAUGCUAGGGCCUCACUUUCGAGAAGGCAAUAUCUUGGCCGCAGGUACCUUGAUCGAAAUACCAUUGCCGGAUGAUAAUCCAUUUGCCACUGCUAUACUGCUCAACGCUAUGCAUCUACGUACCAGCUCUCUGCCACGCGAGAUGACUCUGGACGAUCUGGAAGGCCUGUCGAUUCUGGCUGAUAAGUACGACUGUACGGCUUCGCUGUUGCCGUUCACAUUCUACUGGAUCAACGAUAUGAUGAAUACCAAGCGAAUUGACUCACUAUGCCGUCUUCUUGAGGUGGCUUACCGCGCGCGGCAACCAGAGCUAUUCGAAAAGAUUGGGCUCAAGCUCGUGCUAGAGAGUGCCUCGAGCAUUUCUCAUGACAGCGGCGACUUCCGCUGUAUAUUCGGUGAGUGAUAUUUCCACUUGAGAGCUGCAGAAGAAGCUUUGGCCGACAGCGGAACCUAGACGCCCUUGAAGGGGAGCGCGCGGCUGCACUGUUGCGUAUCAGUGACUGCGUAACGGCAAUUAUUGCAAAUGCUGGUUCAGAUCGGCCAUUCUAUGGGUGCCCGGAGAAAAGUUGCUCAUACUACGACAUCAUCUGUUGUCACUGCCUUCGUCUCUGCAAAAUGGCCGGACUGGUUACGGCUGAGACAAAUUGCAGGCUCGAGGAUAAGCUUAAGUCCUUGGAAGGCCUAACAAUUGUUGAUCCAAAACCACUCCCCGAACACAGUUCCCGUUGCUGGACGACCGGGGCCUGGCAAGCACCACCGCCGAAUCAUUUUGCACGCCAUGCAAAAACGGUAAGAGAAAGUAUCAGGAGCCUUUGCUUUGCGUGCGUCACGAGCGGUGGAGCCUUCAAGAGCAAGACGUGCCAGCAUCAAGAUGUACAGCAUGCUUUCGGACAAUGAGCCGUAUGAUGGGAGCUUGCUUCUGAGCUGCCUCUUAUGAGAACAAUGCCUUCAACGUUUCGUUCAAAAGCCGACCAGUCAGAGCAAAAUGCAUCUCCGAACCAGACAGCCAAAUAUGAGGCAACUUUGACCGGGAAUCAAACGAGUCGGACUGCAGGUACUUCGCUCCGACAUGAUCAGACUGAUAGCUAGCUAGAACUGGAUAUGGCAAGAACCUUUGCAAGGCCCUGCAAUCCAUGAGCAUUCAUUUGAGAAGCUUUCAGAAGGGAUUGGGAUGACAGCCUGAGCGUGCAGGCUGUCACAGGAUAGCCUUGCUAUGCGAAUAACUAGAUUAUGCUGACGCCAGAUCUGUGCUUGAGUGCGUCGACAUCUUCGUGCACUUCUUCUUCCUCUUCCACACCUGUACCGCUCCAUCCCAACCUCCACGCAAGCACAAUGGAGGUGGCCCUUGAAGCGAUUGCACCACAAGGUGAUGUAAUCUUCGAAGUCGGGGGCACGGACAAGGGCAGGCUUCUCGUCUCGUCUGUAAUACUGUCCACAGCCUCGAAGGUCUUCGCAGCACUGUUCGGUCCACACUUCCGGGACGGUCAACAGGUGAGACGAAUAUCUCGUUCGCCAAACAAGCUUACAUAUGGUUUUCAGCCCGCAGCUCCAUCGCGCCCGUGAUCAUUGAGCUCCUCGACGAUGAUCCGAUCGCCAUGUCCGACCUUUGCAAUUUGCUUCACCAUAGACGAAUCGCUGAGCUGGAGGAUUCUCCAGAUCGAAUGCUGUCGUUCUCUGUCGUUGUGGAUAAAUACACCUGCAGCCAGGCUAUUAAGCUACAACUUGCUUGGAUCCUAUAUGUCCUGGUCACUAAGCUCGACUUUGAUGGUGGUGUCAAUGCUGGCCGUGUCUUGGCAACCAUUUCGAAGGCCGCAUAUCUCUGUCAAGAGCCGUUAAGCUUUGAGAUAGCGACGAGACAACUGAUGUAUCAGUGCGGGGAUAAAUUAUCCAUCAUGAGGGAUGCGAAAGGCGAAUAUCUUCUCCCCGCCGAGGUGCUUCGUAAGUGUCUGAAGCGAUGUUCGGGGCUAGAGCUAACGAUGCUUGCUGGGACAGUAAUUCUCGAAGAGCUGCGUGGGGAGGUCAAAUUGCAGUACAUAAGCAUGCUCUGCGAUUUGCGAGACAUGUUUUGUGAGGAUUGCAGGGAGUCGCAGUCCAUGUGUCGUUCCAUUCCGUCCGUCCUGGAAAGAUGUUCUAUACUUGACGAAUUUGAGGUAUUGAAAUGCUCCCUAUAUGAAGAAUGGCAUCCUGGCUGCGAGUACUGCCGUCGUAUCUUCGACGACGAUCCUAGAAUGGAAGCGCAGCCAUGGGAACGUCACACGGGAUUGUGUCUAUGGUGCUGCAGAGAAGGGGCGCCCGAGCAGCAAAACGAAUGCAACAAGCAAGAGCAUAAAACGUAAGCCAUAGUUUACCGAAUGAGCGAUUUGAAAGUCUGCAUGUAAUGUUUAUCGUGCAUGUCAAGCAAAUGGUAUCGUGAGUGAUUGGUAGAAAUACAACGUGAAGUAUGCGAUUCCCAUCACUUUCUCACCGGCUAAAGACUCAUCCUCCUUCUCCGGACCAGGUCCUCUUGCCGAACAACACUCCCGAGAGCUCAUCAGCUGCUCCCCCAAACAACACCAAUGCCAAACCUACUCAACCCGAUAUACGCCAUGGCCACCUCCUAGAUCGGCCUGGUCUAUAUACAAUCUCACUACCCUUCUGUCUCCGUAGGUCUCUCAUUUCCGUUCGGUCUAUAUCUCUACUCCUCCUCUGCACGGCCUACACCUCCCUCAUCCUUGCAACGUACAUCAUUACCGGCAGAUCGAGCUUGAGCAUUGCUCUUGACUAGAUCCUCGAGAUCCAGCAAUCUUACUCGAGAAUGGCCGGCUUCCUCCGAAAAGGCACGAAAAAUAUCCUCCAGAAAGCGCCAAACGACAUCGUCUUCCUCUCCGCCCUCCGAACACCGAUAACACGCGCGAAAAAGGGCGGGUUCAAAGAUGCCUAUGACCACGAACUCCUUGCCCACGUCCUGAAAGCCACACUUGCCGCAAAUCCAAAUCUCGAUCCUUCGAAGAUCAAUGAUGUACAGAUUGGAACUGUUCUCUCGGAGCUGGGAGGAAGCAAAGCAGGACGCAUGGCGGCAAUACACGUCGGGAUGCCCGAGACAACAUCCUUCCAGACUGUGAACAGAGCGUGUAGUAGUGGCCUGAGUGCCAUUACGGGAGUAGCGAAUGCGAUUGCCAUGGGAGAGAUAGAUGUAGGCAUCGGAGGUGGCAUGGAGAGUAUGACGCGGAAUUACGGCUCCAGAGCGAUUCCUACACAGCUCUGGAGUGCGCUCAAGAACUCUGAAGUCAAAGAUGCAAAAGACUGUAUCAUGAGCAUGGGCCUCACAGCGGAGAAUGUGGCCGAACGGUAUGGAGUCUCUAGAGCAGAUCAGGAUGCUUUCGCGGCGCAUUCGCAUGUCAAAGCGGCCAAAGCUCAAAAGGAAGGCCUUUUCGAUAAGGAGAUUGUGCCUGUGACGACGCGGUGGAGGCCGAAUCCGGAGGUUCCGGAGCAGGAAGAGGAGAUUACCGUGAGCAAGGACGAUGGGAUCAGAGCGAACAGUACGCCCGAAGGUCUGGCGAAGAUGAAGCCUGCUUUCAAAGAGGACGGAGCUGCCACAGCAGGCAAUAGCAGCCAGGUCUCUGAUGGCGCUGCUGCUGCCUUGAUGAUGAGGAGGAGUAGCGCUGCUGAGCUGGGUCUGACUUCUUCGAUCAUUGGAAAAUGGGCUGGCACACAGGUUAUUGGAUGCAAGCCUGAUGAGAUGGGAGUUGGACCUGCUCUCGCUAUCCCCAAGCUCUUGAACUACACUGGCGUUGACAAGGACGAAAUUGGAAUAUGGGAGAUCAACGAGGCAUUCGCAUCGCAGGCAGUGUACUGCGUGAGGAAGUUAGGAAUUGACGAAGCCAAGGUCAAUCCCAAGGGAGGCGCUAUCGCCUUGGGACACCCACUCGGAGCGACUGGAGCGAGACAAUUGGCAACGCUCUUGCCGGAGUUGGAGAGGCAAGGACAAGAGCUGGGAGUAGUGAGCAUGUGUAUCGGUACAGGAAUGGGAAUGGCGAGCUUGAUCGUAAGAGAAUAGAUAGCCAAACAAAAGCGUGCUAGACUUUCGAGCAUAGCGGGUAUCGUUGUCGCUCCAGAAUAACUGAAAAAUCACACUGCUCCUGAUGUAUCAACCUGCCUUGCCUUUUACAUUCUUCUUUUUGCUUUUCUUCUUCGCAUUCUUCGCCAAUAUCUCAUCCAGAUAACUUGCGACUCUGCGCUUCUUCGGCUUCUGCUCCUCUUCCUCGUCGUUUUCAUCUUGUGCAACAAUUUCAGUCACAGUCGAGAUGUCUGUCCUCGGAUCAGGAGGUUCUGCAUCUUCAUCCAGACUACUGGCCGCUUCAGCCCCCGCUGCAGUGUAUGCGGGUGUCUUGGUAUCUCUGAUCUUCCUCUUCUUGCUCUUUCUCGAGGAGAAAGCAGCUGCUCGGCCUUCUUCUUCCUCAUCGUCGUCCUCUUCGAUCUUCUGAGUGGAUUUCGGUUGCGGCUUUUGAAGUGGUUUAGAAGCGGUAUGCUUCGAUGUCUGGGUCUUCUUAUGCGCCUCGGCUUCCCUUUUGGUCAUGAAUUUCUCCAGUAGCUUGCUGUCAGACACGCGCUGAAGCCGAAUCGCAUCUGAUAUGUCGUCCACGCUGUCGAGUCUUGUGCCAAGUCCCCCGACUUCACCCAACUGUUCAGCCUCAUCUUCGUUUUCGUCGACUUCGUCUUCGACCGACGGCAGGUUUAGUUCGCCCCACGACUCCAAAAGAUUCAAAUUCGAAGCCUGCUUGAUAUUGAAGCGAUUGGCGAAGAUGUCGCCUUCGUCUAUGUCCUUCGAAGCGUCCAUGAUGUGAUCGUUGUUGUGUGUCUGGGAGGAAAUGUCGGAGCAGAUCGGCUAGGAAGACGUGCUCGGCUAUUUCCGGAUUAGAUGUUUCCUUCUUGCGCUUCGAGCUUUGAGCUCCCAGUGAGAGCCGAACCACACCUCUUCCACCACUUCAUCCCUUCUUUCUUUCUCUUGCAGACAAGCGAGCGCCAGGAUGUUCAAGCUCGCCCGUAGCAGCAGGCAGCUCGCCUCUGCUUUCCAAGGCGUGAGGGUAUGGAACUUCAAUAUGCACAGGACUUACAGGCAAUCCCCCGGCUGAUUAUGGACUUGAUAACUGCAGACACCUAUCGGCCAGCAGGUGCGCAACCUGUCCAUCCACGAAUACCGCGGCGCCCAGCUACUCGAAUCGUAUGGCAUCGGUGUCCCCAAGGGCAGCGUUGCCCACUCCCCCAAAGAGGCCGAGAGCGUCGCUCAGAAGAUUGGCGGAGAGGACAUGGUCAUUAAGGCUCAAGUGCUAGCAGGAGGGCGCGGAAAGGGUCACUUCGACAAUGGCUUCAAGGGCGGUGUCCGCAUUGUGUACAGCCCGCGCGAGGCCUCCAUUCUCGCCGACCAGAUGAUCGGCCACAGGCUUAUCACCAAGCAGACCGGCGAGCGCGGAAGGAUUUGCAACUCGGUAUACAUUGUCGAGCGCAAGUUCGCGCGCCGCGAGUUUUAUCUGGCCAUUCUCAUGGACCGCACUACUCAAAGCCCGGUCAUUGUUGCUUCGAGCCAGGGUGGUAUGGACAUCGAGACUGUUGCAAAGGAGAGCCCGGAUGCGAUCAUCACCACAAGAAUCGACAUCAACAAGGGUGUGACAGACGAGAUCGCACACGAUGUUGCCUCCAAGCUCGGUUUCAGCGAGCAAUGCGUGAACGACGCCAAGGAGACCAUCAAGAAGCUCUACAAGAUCUUCGUGGAGAAGGACGCGACUCAGAUUGAGAUCAACCCUCUCUCCGAGACCUCGGACCACAAGGUUCUCUGCAUGGAUGCCAAGCUCAACUUCGACGACAACGCCGAAUUCAGGCAAAAGGAGAUCUUCAGCUGGCGCGAUACUUCGCAAGAAGACGCUGAUGAGGUGAAGGCUGGCGAGGUCGGGCUCAACUUCAUCAAGCUGGACGGUGACAUCGGCUGUCUUGUCAACGGUGCCGGCCUCGCCAUGGCUACCAUGGACAUCAUCAAGCUCAAUGGCGGUUCGCCCGCCAACUUCCUCGACGUCGGCGGUGGUGCCACUCCAGAGGCUAUUAGAUCUGCCUUUGAUCUCAUCACCAGCGAUCCCAAGGUCACUGCCAUCUUCGUCAACAUCUUCGGUGGUAUCGUCCGCUGCGACGCCAUUGCCAAGGGUCUGAUCAACGUCGUCGAGCAGAUGAACCUCCGCACGCCAGUCAUUGCGAGACUGCAGGGAACAAACAUGGAGCAGGCGCAGAAAUUGAUCAACGAGAGUGGGUUGAAGAUUUUCAACAUUGAGGACCUGCAGACCGCCGCUGAGAAGAGCGUGCAGUUUAGCAAGGUCGUAAAGAUUGGUAAGUACUCGAUUUCAAUCCGCAUGCCUCUCUUCCUUGCUAACAUGCCAUCCCAGCUCGUGAUAUUGAUGUGGGCGUUGAGUUCACCCUGGGUAUAUAGAAGAAGCUCGCGGCAAAGACGCGGUGCUCUGCGCGUGCUGCUCUUCCUAGGAUCCGUGUUUUCGAUACCUGCUUAGGCGUAUGUCACUGUUCUGUAUCAAUGCCUUCAAGCGGCUUUUCUGUUCGGACUUGGCACACGGAACCCCUUUCCCAAGACUCUCCGACACUCAACUGCCGUGCACAGCUGACACCCAUGCCACGCAUGCUAACAGGCAUUUGAACUUUAUUCGAGGGCUCCCCCGGUCAAUCGCGGGGCUCCGCAAAAUCGCUCCGGCUGAUGUUACAGGCCAGAACAAUCUCCCCUUACUCAUUGCAAUCUUCUCCAUGCCUCAUGAUCAGGGCGAGACACGACCAUCAUCUGCCGCCGAAUCUUCAUCCGCGGGAUCCGAAUCAAAGAGGAGCGGCCGACGAAAGAAGAAGAAGAGACCCUCCUCGUGGACAAGCAAGUACAUAAGCUGGCUUGGUCUCACUACCUCACCCAUUUUCAGCGCUCUGACUAUCGCGGGACUGUGCGGUGCUGCUUAUUACAUUGUAUUUGUGGGUUGAACACGACAUUCCUUCCCAAGUGACGACCACGAAAAUGGCUGCCGCCGCUGUUGCCGAACACCCUGUUUCACGGAUCGACUCGCUCGUCGAGCCUGCAAGCCACAAGCAAGAUGCCAAAGAGACUACAAAGGAUCUCAAGUCCAAAUGGCCGCUCGUCCAACACCUCUACGGCCCUCCCACAAGCUCGACUUUCCGUCUCGAAGGCGAAAUCUCCGACCUUGUUGUGCUUGGUGAGAUCCCGGAACAGAUCGAUGGGACGUUUUAUCGCAUCAUGGUCGAUCCUUUCCAACCUCCUUGCGAGGGAAACGUCCCUCUGGACGGAGAUGGCAACAUCCACGCCCUGAGAUUCAAAGACGGCAAAGUGGACAUGAAGACCAAAUAUGUUGAAACCCAACGCUUCCUGUUGGAGAAGAAAGCGGGCAAGAACCUGUUUGGAUUGUACCGGAAUCCGUGGACCCAUCAUCCAUGCGUCAGGGCUGCGGUGGAUAGUACCGGGAAUACGAAUUUGGUAUACUGGGCUGGACACUUACUUGCUCUGAAAGAGAGUGCGAUGCCCUAUGCCGUGGAUCCCACAACGCUGCAGACGAAGGGGUAUGAUCCGUUCAGAGAGCAGAUUCGAGCGAAGGCGUUCACAGCGCAUCCGAAAAUCGACCCAUUCAAAGAGGAAUUGGUGGUGUAUGGGUACGAAGCCAAGGGCAUUGCGACGAAUGAUGUGGUGAGCUACGCCAUUGACAAGAGCGGGAAGGUGAAGGAUAAGUUUUGGUACAAACAACCGUUUGAGGCAGGAAAGCCGGGGAUGAUACACGACUGUGCGAUCACGGAACAUUGGCUCCUCUUAUUCGUCUGGUGUUUCUCUACGGAUGUGGAAAGGAUGAAGAAGGGGGGACAUCAUUGGGCUUGGGAUUAUGACCGGAAGUUUACGAUCAUCGUCUCCUCUCGAGAUCCGGAGAACCCGCCGCCUGGCUCCGGGUGGAAGAAAGGGGAAGUGAGACAUUACGAGUGGAAGAACUGCAUGUCAAUCCACACCGCAGGAGCCUGGGAAGAAGGCAAUGUGCUCUUCGCGGAGAGCUCGAGGGUGCUUGACAAUGCGUUCCCCUUCUUCCCGGCUGAUGAUGGACGAUUGCCCGAGCCGAAUGCCAAAGCCGAUUUCGUAAAAUGGAAAAUCGACAUCAGCAAGCCGAGCGGCACGUACAUGGAUGACCCGGAGAUCAUCGUCGACGUUCCCUCCGAAUUUCCGAGGAUUGACGAGAGGCUCAUGGGAAGGUAUUACAAUGUAGUCUGGAUGAAUGUUCUCAUGGAUACUGGAGAUGGGAAGAACGUAUAUCACGGGCUCAACGGUAUCGCCAUGUAUGAUCGUCGGAACGAAAAGGCAAAAUGGUUCUACGCUGGUGAUGAUUCUUCUGUGCAGGAGCCGAUCUUUAUUCCUCGAGGAAAGGAUGCGCCGGAGGGAGAUGGAUGGGUCAUGGCACUCGUCGAAAGGGUGAAAGAUAAGAGAAGCGAAGUAGUGGUGCUCGAUACCAGGGACUUUGAAAGACCGUUAGCGAUAGUCCAGAUGCCUUUCGCCGUGAAGUCGCAGAUUCACGGCAAUUGGGUGCCUUCCGAAGCCAUGGGAGGCUGGAAGAGCCUUGUGAAGGAGGUGGAAGAAUUUGAGGUGAUUAAGGAUGGGGCUUUGGAGAUGUUGUAAUUAGGCUACACGAGUUCUUCCAUCAGAUUGAUUCGUACUACCACUUUCUUGCGAUGUCUCUUCCUCCAACUUUGUUGAACAGCCAGCUGAUACCGAUCAUCAGGGUGCGUCUCCAGCUCCGCGGCCAGUGGAAAAUGCUGCCGCUUCUCCAGGCUAGCCAGGCUGAUUGCCCGGUCCACUCCUCCUUACCACCUAUGACACCGUCGUGUGCUCCCAGGUAUGCGAGAUUGGGCUUCUGCUUGUAUUCAAAGGCUUUCGUUGACUCGUCAGCAGCAUUGAGCUCGCGGGCUAAGUACUCUGCUUUUUGAACAGCCACCUCGGCCAGCGUGGGUAAAGUGUAGCCUUCGAUAUCUGCUGAAUCCCCAAGAGCGUAGACACCGUCGAUCAGCUCAUCCUUGGUAUUGCGGACCCUCAGCCUCUGAUCAGUAGCGAUCCGUUGCAGUUUGCCUUGUUUCUUGACGUCCAACGUCUCCACAAGAGGAUUCACUCCAUUCCCAGUGGCCCAGAUCAGCAUUCCGUACUUGACCUCCCCGUCUUCCUUCGUCCAGAGAGCCCCCUCUUCUACCUUUUCAAUAUGGCUCUCCGUCUUGAUAUCAACGCCCCGGUUCUGCAACUUCUGCAAGGCAUAUUGCCCCAGUCUUUCGUCGAAUGUUGAGAGAAUUUUCGGUGCCACGUCAUGGAUCUCAAUGCUGAAUUUGCCGUCCAGGUGUGGGUAUACAUGCCUCAUGUCGUGUUGCCAGAGAUCGAAUAGUUCAGCGGUGGCUUCAAUACCGAUCGCUCCGCCACCCACGAUAAUCACUCUCAGGAUGUCUCUCUGUUGCUGCUCCGUGAGUCCGGGAAUGGAAGCAGCAUCCAACAUCUCCAAUAUCCUCUGUUGGAUCUUCCUAGCGUCAUCUGUAGUCCUCAGGAAAUUCGAAUGCUCCAAAGCUCCAGGGGUUCCAAAAGUCUGAACAUCGCAUCCAGGGGCCAGGACCACUUUCUCGUACUUCACACUGAAUGGACUGGAAUCCUUCAGAUGCUCGUCUGCUAUGUCGGAUACAGAAGGUCUGCAUUGGAGCUCCCGCUUUUCGAAGUCGAUCUUUUCAACUACUGCCUUGUGAUAUGUGAGGCCAGAGGUACGGUUUCUCCGACGGACCGGCUCCUCCGCUAGUCGAAAGUUGAACAGGCCUGCUGCUGCGCUUGCCAGAAGAGGUGUGUAUUGGACUGUCCUGACGGGAGAUAUGACAGCUACGUUGUAUUUCGUUGUUGAAAGAGCAUGAGCGAGUGUGAAGCCUCCCCAGCCGGAACCGAUGAUCGCUAUCGUGGAUUUCGACAUAGUGAGCGGCGUGAGCGUUGUCUGCGUGCGACAGGUGAGUGGGAGAGUUCCGAAGCCAUGUUGUAGCUUGGAAGUCUUACAGACUAUGAUGAAGCAUGAUGUUUGUUCACGUAACUAAGAUUCCGGUGUGACCCAGGUAGUUGAUGCCGCAUUCGAUCCGUUCAACAUCGUAUAUUGACGUCACUCCAGCUGUCCAUGUGGACAUGGGUGUUGAGAUAUUCCCGAAUUAAACCCAGAGAUGAAGCAGACGCGUGCAAUCGGUGGAUGAUGCCAACUGUACAGCACUUUGGAGCGUGCGAGCAAUUGCAAUCGUCACCUCUGCCAGUAGCGGCUUGAAAGUAAAUGUUCUUUUGCAGAAGCAGGUUGAUGCCAGAUUAGCCUGGUCGGCCCACGGUACAGGCUUGACAUUCAUUAUUUGCGCGCCAGUUGCGAUUGCACACCGUAAGUACACGCAGCACAUACGAUAUGUACGCGGACUGAGCUACCAGACGUCGUUGUCGUGUUGGUAGAGUUCUUGUCUAGUUGAACACGCCCUGAAGAAGGUGAAGUCGAACCUGGAAGGCCAAGGCGAUAUGGACCGUGCGCACCCGAGCUCCCGACUUCCGACUUCCGAUGGCGCUAGCAAAUGCGCAUUUCACUGAUCUCAAUUCGUUCGAAUUUCUCUACUCGCUCGCGCAAAUGUCCUUGCGGCUGUGUUGGAAAACCGCGUCGUAUCUGAAAUGGUCGUACAGAUCAUCAGCUAAGUGCCUCGGUCGCGCAUCUCCCGUCUACUCCCCAAGUACAACCUUUUCUUCCGCGCGCGCAAGUCUCACGAGAGCAAUGGCGUCCCGGGCACCGCUUCCAAUAUCUUCGAGCCCCAAGGCAGGCCAAAUCAUUGAGCAUGACGGCAAAAAAUACGAGACGAUCCGCGAAGGACAUGCGUACAUCCUCAUACCGCCGGGCACGAGAUUGUCUGUCGAUCCCAACGCGAAAGCGAAGACCGACGAUGGUUCCCUGAACCAGAAGGUGUUCUACAACCCUAUCCAGCAAUUCAACCGAGAUCUAAGCGUUCUAUCCAUCAAAGCGUUCAGUGAAGAUUGGCUAGAGAGAAAGACUCUGAAACGAGAGAGGAGCAAAGAGAAGCUUGAGAGGAAGAACAAGAAGCGGAAGAUAUCGCAGGCAAAUGGCGAGAAUACGAAGCAGGAUAGUAGUCCAAAGCUACAGAAAGCAGAAGACGGCAGUAGCGUUCCGGCCGCGAGCAAUGUAGCUUCAGCAGAGGAAGCGCAAAGUGGCGUUUCGCUUGAACACACCGCGAGAGCGGAGGAACCCGCUGCAAAGGACAGGCCCGUCGAGGCAAAGACAAACGGCCACGUAGAAGGGCAAAACGGAGGCCAGGCAUCAGCUUCGAAGGCACCACCGUUCCGCAUAUUGGAUGCUUUAUCUGCGAGUGGUCUCCGUGCACUGCGAUAUGCCAAGGAAAUUCCAAAUGCAACGUCCAUCGUGGCAAACGACAUGAGCGAGGAUGCCAUCAAGAGUAUGAAACUCAAUAUUGAACACAAUGCCUUGUCAUUGCAGAUCACUGCGAAUAUUGGGGAUGCCAUAGGGCAUAUGUACAGCGUUGCGUACCCUCCCACGGGUUCCCAUGGCCCGCGUCAUGUCAACAAGAAAUACGAUGUUAUCGAUCUGGAUCCGUACGGUACGGCCGUACCCUUCCUCGAUGCGGCUCUUCAGGCUCUCAACGAUGAAGGUCUCCUCUGUGUCACAUGCACUGAUUCCGGUGUGUUUGCAUCCACGGGGUAUUGCGAAAAGACCUACUCACUGUACGGCGGCAUGCCAAUAAAGGGUCCGCACAUGCAUGAAGGAGGGUUGCGACUGAUUCUACACUCAAUUGCCUCGGCAGCCUCAAAGUAUGGCAUGGCUAUUGAGCCACUGCUGUCUCUCAACAUUGACUUCUACGCUCGUGUCUUCGUUCGCGUGCGGAGAAGUCCUGCGGAUGUCAAGUUCCUUGCAGGGAAGACAAUGAUGGUCUACGGCUGUGACUCCGGCUGCGGAGCAUGGACAACGCAAAUGUUGGGACGCAAUACCAAGCAAGAGAGCAAGGGCGGCAACGUGUGGUACAAGCAUACCAUCGCUCAGGCACCUGGAGCAGAUCGACAUUGUGAGCAUUGCGGGAGUAAGACCCACGUAGCAGGACCCAUGUGGGGUGGUCCAAUUCACAACGCCGCUUUUAUCGAAAAGAUACUGGACGACGUCCAGUCAGCCGACACGGAUGUCUACCAAACGACACGGCGGAUCGAGGGAAUGCUAAGUACUGCCCGAGAUGAGUUGAGAAUAGAAUCGGACACAGUGACCUACUGCCCGCCAAAAGACCACGGCCCUGACACCGCAGAGAUCAUCCCCAAAAUUCCACCCGAAGCCAUCGAUCGCUAUCCUUUUUUCUUCAUUCCAUCUGCCCUGGCAAAGGUCAUUCAUUGCGUAGCACCGCCAGACUUGGCUGUCAGAGGAGCCAUUCGCCAUCUGGGGUAUCGGGCUGUGAGAAGUCAUUGCCAGCCAGGAAGCAUCAAGACCAGUGCGCCCUGGCAUGUGCUUUGGGAGAUCAUGCGUGAAUGGGUGCGGCAGAAAUCUCCGAUCAAAGAUGGUGCACUGAAGAAGUUUACGGCUGGGUUCCGGAUCAUGGCAACCGCCCGAAAGGUAGAGGCGGAGGCGAAAGGUGACGAGACAUCGAAUCAUGAAAGCGCAACUCCGACGACGGCCAUCGAAACGACAGUUCAUGGUGCUGAUGUGAACGGCGCCGAGCAGCCAAAACGUAUCAAAGUGGUUUUCGACGAGACUUUGGGCAAGGACAAGGAUCAUAGCGGCAAGCGUCUGGUUCGCUAUCAGCAGAAUCCAAGGGAGAAUUGGGGGCCUAUGACCAAAGCAAAGGGAGCUGGAUAGAUCAGACCCUAUUCGGAGCGAUAACAUGACCGGCAUUCAGCUGGCCAGCUUCCCGUUUCUGCAUGGCUGUGAAUUGCGCAUAGCGGUUUUUAGCGGGAUCUUUUCGCCUGCGAAACUUGGGCUCCGAGCUCUACUAUGGUACGAAGAGGAAGGCGCGUCCAGAGGAAGUCAUCUCAUCAACUAUCCCAUGGACUGUGAUCAAGGGCCCGGAUCUCUGGGCCAGAGGUUUACCUAGACUUCACCCAAGACACUUGCGGAUUGUAGCGGCUAGACCACGCACGCGCACCACCCCACUCCCUAAUAUGCUAGAACAUUUCGUGGUCCCCAAUUCGAUUCCGAGACGCUUUGCCUGAGGACGAAAAGAAGUGAUAUUUUGUGCGUUUUGCAACAUAGACGAGCUCAUCGCCGCUUGUUCCUUCCCCUUAUCUCGCGAGCUCUGCUUUGAUCACAUUUUCUCCCACGACAUCCAGUUGACUACGAGCCCAUCUACGAGGUUCGAGAUAGAGGUCAAGACUAGGCCAGCACUCCCGUAGGUUUGAUCCUCUUCGCUUCGACCAAUCCCUGUCUGAGGCUCCCAGCCUUGUGAGCCCCGCGAGGGACCAUGCGACGAAUCGACAUUUGGCUAGUCUGUCCACUGCCUUUGGAGCAAUCCGAAUAGUGAGCACACUAAACCCAUGCUACAGAUCCUGAACAGAUUUACGAAGAAUCGAAAUGAAAUCGCUGAGUGCCUACCGACGACUCGCAUCAACAUGGCUGCUGACUGCAGUUAGGAGACACAACGAGCAUAUCCGCUUCAUCAUCGCACUGCGUGUCGGCGGGGAGCUCAAGGCCGACGCGACCAGAUGUGCGCCAUAGGCGAUCUGCCAGGCAUACCACGAUAAUUGCCGAAUAUGAGGAUACCUAGUAGAGCAGUUCGCUAUCCAGAGACCGCGGGAUUAGAUAACGUCCAACUUUGAGCAGGCCAUCGUGGCUCCCAUAGCGCCCAGCGAUCCGGACGGUGUCGCUGGAAAGUCAUGCAAUGCAAUAUGCGGACCUUUCAGCGGAUGUCAUUGAACGAGCAGGAUACCUCACCUUAAACGGUAUUGUCUGUGCACUCGUAGAGUCACAUCUGCCAUGGUCUGAGACAGCAGCCAAUGCCAGCUUCAAGAUGGAGCCCGUGGACCAAUGUACUGUUAUAGGCUAGCAAGACAAGGAGAUAUCACAGCACUUUCACUCAACGCUUUAAGCCAGACGACUAUCAUGCAAGAGCACCACUACAUUCGAACCCACUCCUUCUGCCAGCGCUUCUCGCAGCAGCUGAAUCAAACACGGAAUUUCCAUUUCCAGGGCCGGACUCCCUCAAGGCUCAUGUGGUUGACCGCGAGGUCGGUUCUCGGGCUGGUCUGGCCUUGCAUGGAGGCGACCUCCUCUGCCGUGGCUGGCACAGCGGAGCCGUACAAGGUCCUCCAGCAGCUGCUGCAGCAGCAGCAAUUGCCUCACUACUUGGCCUACAACCCAACCAGAUCGAAUGGGCCUUGGGGACCGCGUGCACACAAGCCGGAGGCCAUCUCAUGUCUGCCCUGUUCGGUCGGCUCCACGACCAAGCGAAAGCAACAUGGCUUCGCCUCCCACAAUGCACUCUUCGCCGCACUGAUGGCAGAGGAGAGCUACACCGACAUACAGAAGGUCCUUGAGGAGCCCUAUGGAGGGUAUCUCAGCUGUUUUAGCCAAGGAGCGAACUUCGAACCAAACGCCCUGCCCGAGCAACGUUCUAGCGAAGUAGGUACUCGCCGGGAGAUAAAACGGAAUUCGAGUCAAACUGCAUGCUGCUGUGGCUGCCUUAGACUGCAUUGGGCUGCUGCAAAAGGGACAGCCUGGCCGCUUGGCCCAGAGAACGCUUGGCGACAUCGACAAGAUGGACAUACAGCAUGGCAAAGCUGCUUAUGAGCACGGAGGCUGGGUAAUGGAGCCGAAUGAACCUCUCACGAGCACAGCAGCGCAGAUGUCAAUUCAAUACCGCGCAGCCGCAUAGUUGCUGGAUGGAGAGGUCCUGAUGCAGCAGUUCAGCGAAGAGAAACUGAAUAGAUCAGAAGCUCAAGAGCUCACAUGGCUGAAGUUCACCCUCAACAUGAUGAGGACAUCGACAAGAAGGGCAAUACUCUCUUCAUACUCUCUUCAUGACAUGUGUUACUGUCCAUUUCAAAGAUGCUCAGGUUUCGAAGCAAUCCGUUCCUUGCGCCGAAAGGCAUUGAGCCUCCUGCUAGCAAUGUCGGUCUUGUCCAUAAAUGGCGGAUGUUCGUGAAGGACGUCCUCGACGACAAGAAGAGAUGAGAUUGAGAGCAAAGUGCUGGACUUGGAGCAGCUAGCCCACAUCGAAGAGCUUUUUGUAUUGCUGGCAAGGAACGUGAAGUGCCCGACCGCUGUUUCGAAUUGGGGCCUUUAGAGUCUGAUCAUUCGCAAAGGUCGUUUCGUACCAGCUUCUUGGUGCACAUUGAGCUGGAGAGAGCUGAAGCCGUUCACAACGGUCAAAAUUCUGUAAUGACGCAUUGUCAUAUGCAAGAGGGUGACAUCCUUGAUGAUGCUGUCGCGUUCUUGUCCUGUUGCCUCAGGGUGGUUGUUUUCGAGAAUGAGAGGGUCCUGACCGCCGUUCUAUGAGCACGUGACCCAACUCUAUCUUGCCAUGACGCCAAUGGUGAAGUGCGUAGAAGAGAUGAUCCUCCUGUAUACUGGCGCGGCAGGCGCGCCAAAGGAAAACCAGAAAUCAUGCUCGCCAAUCCGCCCUCGUGAUUUGGCAUGCGUCAGCGUCUACCAUGAAGCCAACCUCCAAUACUGGACGUAUUGACAAGCCGUCGUCUGGAGUGACUUGACUUCUCAAUUACCAGACCAAAUUAAAACAAAGCAUUCUCUACUCAAGAUGACCAUACCAACUGGGGAAUUCAUCAAUGGCGUCGCUGUUGACGGCUCGGAUGCGCCGGAACAGUAUUUGAGGAAACAAGAGGCCCAGUUCAAAGCAAAAUUCGACGUCUUGAUCGUCUGCAACCUGAUCUUCCACAAGGACAGGAUUCUUCUCAUGCGAAUGACGGACAAUGUCAAAGCCUGGAGCGGCAAGCUUGGUACACCAAUGUAUCGACUUUCAAGAGUAACAGACGACGCGGACGUGGCGCCACUUCUCAAUCUUCGCAUAGACAGGACCAUGGAGCAAGAUAUUGCCGUGGACGAAUACGGCCGAGUGGCGUGCCGAACGCAGAUUGGCUUGGAUCCCGGACGGCUCCAUGGCAGCAGGGCAGCUGCAGCCCUUCAUACCGCUGUCAGCCCACAGAGCUUGCCAGAUAGUCUGUGGCUGAGAGCGAGCCUUCUGUGGAAGAUUGAUGAGAUGGUGAAGUUGAAGCCAGACCGGUAUGUGUGCAAGGACAUUGUAUGGAUGACCGAGCGAGAGGUCGAGCAGGCGGAGUCGGGAGACAUCUUCAUGGGAGUGAGGGAGGAUAUCCUGACCGGCUUCCAGAUACGCAGAAAGAGGAAUUCGUCCGUUUGAUUCGAGACUGAAGACCGAGGGAGUGCCUGUUGUACUGAGCCAAAAGGUGCCACGUCUGUAGCAGUAUUUUGGUUGGCUAUCCAGGUGGUUCGAAGGAUAUUGGGAUACCAAGAUAGUCUGCCCUUUUAUGAAGUUCUAACGAUGAGCUCAGGUUGGCACUCUCACUCUGCUCAAUGGGUAGCAUGGUCUGAUGCAUUGUUUGGGCGCCAUCGUCGUCGUUCUGGCCACGAUAACUUCAACUACUUUUCACGCCGUCGAAUCCUUGGCGUCGGUAUACUGACUGAUGAUAAGCAACCUUGGAAAGUGUCGAACAGUAUGCCGGUAAUGCGUUGUGUGAAGGAGUAAGACAGAAGUGUCGUUGACAAGCAGGACACGAGGAAAGGGAAGGAGCGGCCGGCUGAUUGAAGCACGGGCCACGCCAUGCCCAUCUCCAUCGCGACGCGUCUUCGUCCUUCUGCUACUCCACCGAGCACAGGCUUUCGCGUGCCAGACUACCUUACACUUACCACUUAUGAAGGCCUAUGCGAAACUGACGAUAGCGAAAGGCUAUGAGCCUGGAUUGACGCAGAGAGCCCCGCGCGAAUAGAAGACGGAUCCACCACGAGUUGCAGCGAAGAAGGCCAGACUCGCAACGCCUGAGUGAGCUAUGUUUCCAGCCAUCGAGGGAUGCUGAUGCAUCUGCCAAGGAGUCAAUACGGGUAUUGAGAGAGGGACAAUACUAUAUACGCAAGAGCAGAGAACAGAGCGCCAUCACGAAUUCUCGGGACCCCAGCCGCAAUGCCGCUGUACGAGUCGCUCGGCAAUACCUCCGUAUCUCAACGAAGGCGGAUGGAGGUGCAGCUCGGCGAUCCGAUCGGACGGGACCCAGAGAAAAACCCAGCACGCUGGUCAGCGUUGUUGCACACUCCGUCUCCAUUUGCGCGGAACUUGAUCUUCUGGCUCGUUGGUACACCGUCAAGCGCAGACUGCCAACACUGCGACAUGUCUUCCAGGAGGCAAGGCAAUGAAAGCAGUAGCAUGGAGACAGCUGGCUUGCACAAUUCCCGCGACAAGCCUUGGAACGGAACUGCCAGCUUUAGACAAACUUCUUGCCACUCCCUCGUUGGCGGCCAGCCUACGUGGGACUGCUAGACGGUAAAUUCAGAGACGCGGGUCGCUGCGAGCCGGGUUCAUGUGGACCUUGGAGCUGUACCAAGGUACGUCCUGAAGGUAGACAUACAAGUAUAGAGCCAAGCCUGGAAAGCGCGGCCAGCUCUCCGAAAUCUCCAUCGUUUCAAACUUGCUUGCCUACUAUUUGCUCUGCUCAGACCGAGCCCACGCCCUCCCGCGCAGUGAGAUACCGAGUUGCGUCUACGAGACACAGGAUCGGUGCUCGGGACCGCACCCAAGUUUGUGCCCUUGAGAGCCAGACCUUGGGGCAUCUGGCGAGAAGGGGAUGCUGGACGAGAAGUCGUACGAUUCAUCGAAAUACAAACAUUUGCCGCCCCGAAGCCUGCAUGUCUUGCAGAUGCAUAUGGUUUCGUUGCAUAAUAGCGAGCGAGGCGACCAUUACUCGCCAGCACGGACACGGCAUGAUCAUGAUUCCAAAAGGCCAGCACACCGGGCAACGGCCGACAGCGGCGUCAGAACAAGCGCUUCUCCGACGUCACUCUAACUGUGCACACCACAUACAGCGCACGUGCACAAGCGACGGGGGACUGCGUCAAAGCCGUGAGACGAAGUGUUUGACGCUAUCCGUACGCUUCAUCGUGAUAAUCAAAGCUCCUGUUGCUGCAGAGGAGGAAUGAUGCGAAGUUGCUGCUUGUCCGCUAGCAGCCACAAUGAUUAACCCCGGUAAACGCGUCGGGCACCUAUUCGACUAUUUUGUAGUAGGCCGAUGUCGCGCAGGUCGCCAGCGAGCAUCCCACGAAAAGUCCUGUCAUUAUCCGACUGCUCCAACUUGAAUUGAUCUGUCUGACACACUCGACCAUUGGUGCGAUGCCUUCCGGAGAGUGUGCCGGAAGAUACGCGCUAAUGCCGUCGACCCCGGACACGCGGGACGCAUCCUUCGAUUCUUGACGCAUGCAUGAUGCUAACCCACGGAAUUCGAUGCAGCGUUCUGCACUGCCCCUGCUGGAUUCGACAAGCGAAUCGUCCAAUUCAACAUGCCCCGGCAAGCAUGGGAUCUCGGCGGGAAGUGGUGGUAUACCUACUCAACGAUGAUGCAGGCUGACGGCCACAACGCGGACCUACGGCUUCCAACAAUCAGGUAUGGCCAAUAGCGACAUCACGCAUCGUAUGGUGCCGUCGAAGUGCUCGGCACCGGAUUUGCCUCCGCGGCGUCGACUACGUCGCUGCGAGCUAGCAGAAUGUGGAAGGAGGCAGCUCCCGCCAGAUGAGGCUCAAGCACAGGCUAGCGCGUAACGUGGUCAGUAGCGGCUCCACAUGCCUGUCCUGUCGAAGGUAUGGUGGUCACUGACUCACUGUGCUCGCGGUGAGGUCACAACCGAGCAACUUUCGGCAUACGCAAUCACAGUGCAAUGAUCCCAUUCAUGACGAUGGUCUGUGUGCGGCGCGGCGGUUUGGCGGCAAGAUGCCUUACUGUGUCUGCUCUGCUCCACGCGCAGACAAGACGCAGCGCGAGGUAUUAAUACUGGUCAUUGCCCGUUGAGCCACCUCGACCCUCAUCUCAACCCACGGUGAGCGCCAUACAUCCACUCUCGCCCAGGAUGUUUAUCAAGUCUUUCGCUGCUUCAGCGGCCCUUGCUGGCCUCGCAGCUGCUGUGCCUGCGCCUGUCGUUUCACAGCUCAGGUCAGUACUUGGAAUCCAUUGCAACGAGAGUCAUUGCUGAUGAAUGCACAGUGAUGGUCAACCGCAAGCCUCCGCUUAUGCCUCAUCCUCAUCCACUUCUGCCGCAGCUGGCGUGAAGUCUGGUUUUGCGGCUGCGAACCAAGGUGGCAACGUUCCCGGUUACGCCAACGGAAAUGGACCAUACGAGCAGACACCAACCCCCCUCACUGCCGUGCCAACCAGCUUCGGUAUGGACUCCAUCAUCUCGGCCAUUCACACCCUGGCACCUACGUCUGGAUCGGGAGCUGCAGACACCCAGCGGAGCCCUCUGCCAACGGGCACGACCACCCAUGGCCCGUACAGUGGUUCGCCCACCACCACCGGUGCCGUGAGCAACUCGCCUCUUGGCUCUACUAUCCCCAAUCUGGGUCCAGCAGCCACUGCCACCUACUACAACACCAACGGCCAGCUGCAGAACUCCGAGCCAAUUCCAUACCAGCCGGCCGGCGGUCUUGGUACCAAUGGUACCUUGCCAAGGUACAUGGUCAACAGCGAUUUCGACUAUGAAUCCAUCACCCUGGGAUUGUACCAGGAAUGGAUCGAGCUGGAUCUGUUCAACAACGGAUUGGCAACCUUCUCUGAGGCAGACUUCCUUGCCGCUGGUCUUACUGCUGAAGACCGCGCCUUGAUCGCCUUCAUGGCACAGCAGGAACAGGGUCAUGCCACACUCCUGUCGAACAUGCUCGGAGAGACUGCACCACCUCAGUGUGUGUACAACUACCCAUUCAAGAACGUUCGCGAGUUCGUCGACUUCAACCAGAUCCUCACCCGCUGGGGCGAGUCUGGUGUCUGGGGUUUCAUCAACCACCUUGACUCUCGUGAGGUCGGUCAGCUUUUGGCACAGUCCAUCGCCACUGAAGCUCGUCAGCAGAUGGCGUUCAGACAGAUGAGUGGAUUGCACCCCAUGCCAGUGUGGUUCGAAACUGGUAUCCCACAAUCGUGGGCUUGGACCUUCCUCGCUCCCUACAUCAGCUGGUGCCCCGCUGGUACUACGCGUCUCGCAUGGCAGAACUUCCCAGCUCUACACGUGGUCAACCAGGCCAACAUCAACAGGGUCUCUCCCAACGACACUGCCGACUGGGAGCGUACCGACAACCGCACUUCCAGCCCAGCCACCAUCCCUCCAGAGGAUGAGAGCUGCAUCAACCUCAACAAGACUGGCUACGGCUGUGGUCCCGCCAUCUCUCGCAACCGAUCUGAGCCUCUCUCCUUCCCAGGCAAGCAGGUUCGCCUCCUUUGGGACUCGCCCGGUCAGGCUGUCGGCCCUAACAACUCCUACGUGACCGCCACUACCGCCGGUGCCCCCAAGUACGUCGCUUGGGUUGCUCAGCUCAACAUGACCUACACCGACCUCAUCCAGACCGGACCAAAUGAGGGGUACACCUUCCAGCCCAACUCAUCGGUCUACCAGCGCGGUCAGGGUGUUGUUAACGAGAGCACCUUCAUCGCCUUGACCGACACCAACCAGGUGUACACCCCAUUCAACCUGAGCAUGAUCAACCCACAUGUUGCUGCUCUUGGUCUGUACCAGGCCGGUUAAGCCAGAUAGAUGGAAUUUUGUGUUUAUGAUGACGGCAUGAAGAGCUCAAGUUUUUGUACAGAUUAAAUUCUUUACGGCCAUGUGUCCAUUGUAUAUGGAACGGCUGCUGAAACUCAUAUUAAUGAAAGAUUUGACCGAAUGAGAGAUAGUCAUCUUUUCGCAACUUGUCUUCCUUCCGCUGCACGCCCAAGAAGAUGUAUAUAUCCCCGGCAGCAUAGUCCAUGUUCAAGCGAACAGGCUUCCAAGCCGCUAUCCCGGAGUAUGCCAUAUGCGUGACGAAUGGCGCGGCAGCAAAACGCUGUUGCCUGGUGUCGAUGAAUGUGUGAUAUAGAAAAGCACAGACAGAGUAGAAGUGACAUCCGGGGCGCACUUCGGGUCUUGGAUGAAUAUAACUCUGGCUCGCACUCGUUAUGCACACGACUUCACUCCUACCUCCACUCCUACUUCCAGCUCCAUCUCGAUUUGGUCUUGCUUUUACGACAGAUCGAAACCGUACACUCGUACCGGAUUUCAUUCCUUGUUGGACGACUUCGCAUAUAUUGGAAGAUACAGCGAAACUGACCGCUAUGCCUGAGCUUUCGCUUGGGCGAUUUCUCUUGUGUAUACUCUACUCUUCUUCGUCAUUCCCUUCAGAAUUACGAGUGAUUUCAGAAUCGAGCGAAUGAGAACUCGACGCCGUAACUAUCAUCGGAGCUGGCUUCGCAGGCGUAUACCGACUUCAAAGAGCGAGGCAGGAGGGAUUCAAUGCGAAGAUCGUCGAGGCUGGCACCUUUCUUUGUGGGACCUGCUGAGCAUAGUCUAAGGACCAAUUUGUCCUGCAGAGCUAACCGGUCGUUCCUACUCCCUGUAGGCGUUGGCCAGGCCUCGACAGUUUCGAGGCAUACAUCUGCCAUUUUCCUUUCUGGUGCGAAGGAGGCGUCGACAUGCACGAUCGUCUAGGAUUUCUGGGUCCGGGAAGUCCGAGCUACGAUUACUGACCCGAGAAAGCGAGACAUUCUUGCUGCUCUUGAGCCACCUCAUCCUUCCGCAGCAAAGAGUCUAGUUUGGAGCCGCACCAUUACGAAGAAAUUGGACAAGCCGCAUGUUGAGCUUGUGGAACUGAGAAAUGAAACUCAGGUAUCGCACAUCGUGCCCCUAGGCGUGUUCACUACAAAUGGACAACUUCACGAAACGAAUAUCUUGGCGAUCGCUACGGGCUUUGACUCCUUGACUGAAGGUUUUACGCGGGCCACAAUGGAGGGUAUUAAUGGAGACGAUUUGGAGAAGAAGUAGAGCACCGAUCAAGGUGCUCUUCCUUACCUAGGUCUGGCAGUCGCCACUGUGAGGAUUCCAUCCGCAUGAGUGAAACCUUGGCGUCGCAUUGAGCAGAGGAUCGAGUUUCCAAACAGGCUCUACAAAUAUGGGCCGCAUAGUCCUACAGCUUGCGGCAACGGACCAUCGAUUCUCUAAUUCCAUUGUAAUUGGAUCACAGAAAGGAUGCAGCGAACGCGUGAGCACGGCUGGGCCAAGAUCACCACGAAAAUUCGUAUGCGCAAGACUGGAAGCAGAUUGUGAAUGACUUACACGCUAUGACGGUGCGGCGUAACACUGAUAGUUGGUACAUGGGUGAGUUGUUGAACGGGAUAAAAAAUGUACGCGCAACCGCCUUGUUGGCUGCUUGGUCCCUGGAAACCAACAUCCCUGGAAAGCCACGACAGGCACUGAACCAUGCAGAAGGCUUGCAGCUUUAUGUGAAAACAAUAACGACAGGGACAAGGAGCUGACAGACUUGACAUAUCCUGAAAGAGCCACAAACACCAACACGAGCCUCCAGACAUGUGGUUGAAAAGCGGCUCUUGUGCAACAUCCACACAAAGUCCUUAUCACAUCGCGAUUGUGGCACUCGUGCCCAGUCUGUGCUUCUUAAAGAGUCGUCUGCAUGGAGGACCGAGUCUCAGCUUCGUUGGUCACUUGCUACGUUUGUGCGACUCGAGUCAUGCGUCAAACAUUGCAGGGAGGAAUAGAUUGACUGAAACAGGGGCCGUGGAUGCCUUCUUGGCUUAUGUAAGCGGACCUCUUGCUCCCACCUCACUUGCUUAUUCUGCAAGUUGCCGCUGUGGUUCCGAAGAUAUGCGAGAAGAUGGAUCUCGGUACAAAGAUGUACUGCAGUCUGCCUCACCCUAUAGCGAAAUGCUGUGUGUGGUUGCGAUGAUUGCAACGGCACUGUCGGCACCGGGGAGGAUCCGGAUUCUGAGUUCAAACUGGCAUUGCUGGGCUUUUCAUCCUGGAAGUUUCGCAAGUCAGGUACCUGAAGUCAAGUAUCUCAGAGCAAACAGACAAAAGCUUGACACGGUUUCUCACAACAAGCACACCAGGGUUGAUGACAACCUGGAGGCUGGGAACGAUAUAGAGGACUGGUUGCCGAGGUGUCUCGCUGCAAAAUACCGGAUCUGGGAGAUGCAAUACUGGUCUCAAGCCGUAUAUGCAAGAAGCCACGCGCCAGCGACACGAGAGAUGUCGGACAUCCUAGGCAGAUAUACAGAGUUCUACUCGUGGGGCGCUCCUUCAGAAUCGCUCACCAACGAGGCUUUACAAUGGCGUGUGUCACAGGAGCCAUGACUGGUGAUCUGGCUUCAACUUGCAAACUUGACCUGAGUUGGCCCUCCAAUAAUUGCUGUGAGCACACGGCAUUAAUCUGCCGCGAACGCGCACCCUUGAUGAGGUAACCUCUGUGGCGAGAGGCGGGAAUAAGUAUGUAUGCUGCUGUGCAUCCGUCCUCGCGGGGGAUCUCGCGUGCCUUGGUGUGUGUACAACCUUUGUCGGCGUUUUCGACUUGUUUUCUCUUCUUCUCAUAGCUAGCUUCUUUUGUGUGCUGAUUUCCGGUUCAAAAAUGGGUAUUUUAGAGCUGCUAUUGGCAGCUUCGAAUCUGGUCAAUGGAUUAUCACAAGGAAUGACCAAUGGUGAGUGGUUUGAGCCUGGACUUGUUCUGGACAGAUUUGAGCGGGUCUGGGUACUAAUGAUUCGGUGUAGGUGCGAGCACAUUGGGGACGUUGGAUCAUCGAUAUGGGUCUCCAUUUGGUGAAGGCAAUGUGAGUCGUUUCUUUCGCUGCAGUCAAGCUUGAUUUCCAACAAUUCUGCAGCAAGGCCAAUUUGGACAGAAUGGUCCUGGGGUACCAUUUGGCGGACAACAACAAGGCGGAAAUUACGGACCCCUAAGCGGCUCUGGUCAAUCCAAUCGUCCACCUCAAUUCGGCCCUCCAAGAAAUUCUGGUGGGCCGGGAAAUCGACCGUUUCAACCGAGCCAGCCUUCACAGCCAGAUCGACCUGUACAACCAUUCCAGCCAGGUAAUUCAGGCGGAUACCCAAACGUAGCAAGCCCAAUCCAAGCUUCCGCCGAUCGAAACAAUCCUCCUCAGAUGCCAGAUACUGGCGUGACCAGGAAGUACUACUGGGAGAUCUCGCGAGGUGUACUUGCGCCUGAUGGCGUUCAGAAAGAAGGAAUCUUUGUCAACGGGCAAUACCCUGGACCUCCACUUGAGGCGAACUGGGGUGAUUGGUUCGAGGUCACAGUUCACAAUAAUAUUACGGGACCUGAGGAGGGAACCACGGUGCACUGGCAUGGGUUGAAUCAGAGGGAGACUCCUUGGUUCGAUGGCGUCCCUUCGGUCUCCCAGUGCCCAAUAGCUCCUGGAUCGACCUUCACAUAUACUUUCAGGGCUGACUCGGCUGGAGCGAGUUGGUAGUAAGUCAAGCCUGCUGAAAGCGGAAAGAAAUACUUUGCUGACGGGGCUUGUAGCCACGCACAUUACUCUGCUCAGUACGUAGCCGGCGUAAAGGGGCCCAUGGUGAUAUAUGGUCCCUCUCAAGUCCCCUACGACAUUGAUGUGGGACCCGUCAUGGUGGUGAGUACGCGAAAAUGAUGUGCGAGGACUUCAAUUCCUAACCCACUUCAGUCUGACUAUUACCACGCGCCAUACCUCAGCCUGGUUGCCGAAACUGUUGGGACACCAUCCUCGCCGCAAUCAGACAACAAUCUGAUCAACGGAAAGAUGUUCUUCGAUUGCUCGAAAGCCCAAGGUGCUCCCUGUACACCCAACGCCGGGGUAUCAAAAUUCAGGUUCCAGUCCGGAAAGCGCAUGUUGCUACGGUUGAUCAAUUCUGGAGCCGCAGGAGUGCAGCAUUUCACGAUCGAUCAGCACAAAAUGACGAUCAUUCAGAAUGAUUUCGUUGAUGUUGUCCCCUACGAGGUCGACUCGGUAACACUGGGCGUGGGACAAAGAACCGAAAUCAUCGUCGAGGCGACUGGCAGCCCUACCGAUGCGGUGUGGAUGCGAAGCGAUCUCGUACCAGGGGUAUGCGGCAUGACGAAUCAGCCUCAUGCGCUGGCAGCAAUUUACUACGAGGACGCCGAUACCUCAGUCACGCCUCAGUCGACGGCGACGCAGUACACCGCGCUUUGCCAGAACGAUGCUCUGUCGCUGACCGAGCCUUUCUACCCUAUGACUCCACCCCCUCAGCCAGCGAUAACUACUCACAUCGAUAUGACGUUCGGACCGAACGCUACUGGGUCAUUUGUCUGGAUGAUGAACAAUUCCUCCUUCAGAGGCGACUUCAAGUAAGACCACCGGAUUCAUCAAUGUCGAGAUUUUACUGAAAACUUCAUUUCUAGUCAACCGACACUCCUCCUCGCCAAUCAGGGCAACACAUCCUUCCCCACAGAGUGGAAUGUCUACGACUACCACCAGGCGACUUCCAUCCGACUCAUCCUCACCACCCUCGCACCCUUACCUCACCCGAUGCAUCUGCACGGACAUAACAUGUGGGUGCUCGCGCAAGGUUUUGGUCAAUGGGACGGCACGAUCGUUCGCCCGGAAAAUCCUCAGCGACGAGACGUACAAAUCAUGCAACCUGGAAACCCGGAGCAAGGGCUAGCUGGCCAGUCGUAUUUAGUGAUAGAGUUCUUGGCGGACAAUCCGGGAGUCUGGCCGAUGCAUUGCCAUAAUGCGUGGCAUUUGAGUGGAGGCAUGUAUGUCAAUAUCUUGGUAAGUCUCAUCUUCGAACAUUGUUUGGGUGAUGACGUGAUGCUGAUUCUAGAUAGGAGCGUCCGGACCUCAUUAAGAGAGAUAUGGAGAUCCCGGAGAUCAUGGCGCAGACUUGCCGAGAGUGGUGGGCCUACACAGGUCACAAUGUUGUGGACCAGAUUGAUGCUGGAGUGUGA